AUGCUUUAUUUAAAGCUUAGGCUGUAUCAAAAACAAACUCUCUAUCUCGACGAGCCAGGGUUGCAAGAGCAAAUAGGAAAACUUGAGGAGGAGCUUAAGCAGAUGAAAGAGGUAGCUCAUGAGGUUCAGGCAAUGGAUUUAUUAUCCAAUUUCAAGAAAAGGGUUCAUGAACUAGAAGCUGAAGUAGCGAAUAGACGAUUAACGGAGUCUAGAAUAUUUGAUGCAUUGGCCUCACAGACAAGGGAAUUUGAGCAAACUAAGAUUGACCUUGAAGAAUCCAAAGUUGAGAUAUCUUUACUUCAUGAAGAGAUUGAAUCACUAGUGGCUUCAUCCGAGCAAAAUAACUGGCGUUGUGAUGGUUCUUGUAGCGGGAAGAUUGCUUUGGAGAAGGAACUCGGAUGCCUCAGGUUUGAACUUGGAUUGGCGAAGGCGAAUUUGGCUAAGAUCCAAGAAAGAGAGAGGUCUGCUUCAUCAAAAGCUAAGGCAUUGAGUGAUGAGAUGCAUUUGGUUAGAAAUGAGCUUAAACUUGCAACUUAUGCAGAAGAAAAAAGCCAAAUGGCCUUGGAUGAUUUAGCAUUAGUAUUAAAAGAAGUUGCUGCUGAAGCUUAUGAGGCCAAGGAGAAACUUAGUGAUUCUCAAGUAGAACUAGAACAAGUAAAAGAUGAGGCGGGACAAUUGAAACAUAUGGUCAGAAACGCCGAGGCAAGGUAUCAAAAGCUUUUGAAUGAGGCGAAAAAGGAAACUGACCUACAUAGAGAAACAGCAGACAGAUUAAGACCGGAGUUUGAUGAGUCACGUUUGGCUGAAAAAGAGACGAGGUACAUCACUUGUAUAAAGAAAGCUGAAGAAGAAAAAAAGCAAGCUCAGGACGAGGCUGCUACACUCGCAGUGUCUCUUAAAGCAGCUGAGCGUAUGACUAGAGCAGCAAAGAGAGAAGUUUACAAAUUAAAGGGCAUAUUGAAGCAGGCUAUAAAUGAAGCGGACGCUGCAAAAACUGCUGCUGGCCUAGCUAGAGAUGAAAACAUUCAACUCAAACAUUCUAAAGCUGAAAAGGAGGAAUCAAUUCGUGUUCUUACUCAAGCGAAUGAACAACUUGAGAUUAAUGAAGUUGCAGCUCAAGAAAAUUUCAAGGAGUUAAAACGGUUGAUCUCUUUGUCUGCACUCAAAACCGAGGAUAAGGAGAAAGAAGAGGAAUAUUAUGAGGAUGCCCAAAUCAAGAAAACAUCCAGCCUCAAUAUUAGUGUGAAUUUGAAACAAGAACAAGAAAAUUUAGAAGCGAAAAUCCAAGAUGAGCAUCCCGAAAAGGCUAAGGCACUUGAGGACUCAAAAUUUGAGAUUAAUGAAUCACCAAAAUCAGAGCUCCAUAUACCAAAACAAGUAUCUCAUCAUCGGAGAGCAUCCUCGUUUGCCUUCUCAGCUGAUGGAGGAACACCAAAAACAAAAGAUUUGUGCAUGUUUUUGAGCAAAUCUUCGUCAUCACUCAACACCAAGGAUAAGGAGCAAGAAGAGGAACAAUCUGAGGAUGCCCAAGUCAAGAAAACUUCCAGCCUCAAUCAUAGUGAGCUCAAACUGCAACAACAAGAAGAUUUGAACGCGAAAAUCCAAGAUAAGGAUCCUAAAAAGGCUGAGACACGUAAGAGGUCAAUAAUUGAAUCACCAAAAAAGGUUCCUCAUCAUCGGAGAGUAUCCUCGUCUUCUUGCUCAGAUGAUGGAGGAACACCAAGAAUAGAAGACUCUGAUAGUGAUAGAAGUACUCCUACUAGGAGGACAAGAACGUUGUUUCGAAAAGUUAGUGAUCUCAUAAGUAGGAAAAGUUUUCAUAAAACCAUCCACUAAAUAGGCCCUUGUUCUGUAGAUACAACUUGAAAUUGUAUAGUUAUUUACUCUAGUACACAAUGCUUCAUUUAUCAGAGAACACAGGAAACUGUGCAGCCUAACAACUGUGUUUAUUUCAUU